AUGGCCUAUUCUCUUUUGUUACAACAUGUUAUUGCUGCAGAACCUUCUGAAGUACCGUUAAGAAUUCAGAUAUCUGGGAUUUUGGGUUCAACUUCUCUUGCUUGUUGGAUAGUACUUCUUAUGCCUCAGCUAAUCGAGCAAUGGAGGUUGAAAUCUGCUGAUGGUAUCGCAAUCGGAUUCAUAUCGAUCUGGUUCUUGGGUGACUUAUUCAAUUUGAUUGGUGCGUUAUGGGCCGGAUUAUUACCCGAAGUGAUAUUCUUAGCCGUUUGGUUCUGUAUUGCUGAUGCUUUAAUGAUUGGUUCUUAUACUUAUUAUACUUUCAUUUAUCCAAAACAUCAUAAAAAGCAACACCAUCAUCGCCACCAUCAUCAUAAUAAUAAUCAAGAUCACAAUACUGAAGCACAACCAUUAUUAGAAAGAAGAAGAUCUUCUAAUUUGACUUAUAUCGGAACGGAUCCAGAAAAAAAUGGUAUUUUCACCAGAUAUAUUUUACCAAUUUUAUUCGUAAUUGGUGCAGGUGUAUUGGGGUACUUACUUUCUGGUUCAAAAGACUCUUAUGACGAUAAACCAGAUAGUAAAAUUGAAGUAGGUCCACAAUUUAUGGGUUACUGUUCAGCUUUAUUAUACUUGGGAGCUAGAAUUCCACAAAUCAUUCAAAACCAUCAAAGAAAAUCGGUUGAAGGUUUAAGUUUAUUAUUCUUCCUUUUCUCAGUAUUAGGAAACUUGACUUAUGCUGGUCAAAUUUUAUUCUUUAGAAGUGACAAGAAGUAUAUUUUGUUGAAUUUGAGUUGGUUAUUGGGUUCAUUGGGUACCAUUCUUGAAGAUAGUUUUAUCUUCCUUCAAUUUUACAUGUAUAAAAAUGGGAACCAAUUAGAAGAUCAAGAAGCCAUCGAUACCCAAGAUUAA